AUGACACCAUUAUUAUAUCAGCAUAUAAUUUUCUCCUUAUAUAUUAUUUACCAUGUUCAAGCAUUUCCAUCAUCGUUAACACUUGGAUUUCUUGGUCCCAGAAAUUUACCGAAUAGCAAUACACAAGUCGGUGGACAUCCGGCAUUAUUUGCAUUUAAAUUAGCUAUUCGUAAUAUUAACAAUCGCUCAGAUCUUUUACCUCGAACAAAGUUGAGAUUUGUUAGCAAUGACACAAAUUCCGAUAUUGGUACCGCCAUUAUAGACGCAUUCUGGCAAUGUGUAUACGGAAAUGUCAUUGGUAUCGUCGGCGAAUAUGUUUCGGGCAUAUCACAGGCCGUUCAAUAUGUGAGUCGUCAUUAUAAAGUUCCUCAAAUUUCUUAUGGUUCGACAUCGUCGGAAUUUACAGAAUUUCAUUCAAUUCGUUAUCCCUAUUUUCUGCGCACAAUACCGAAUCUGAAUUUACAAUCAGUAUCAUUGGCACAUUUGAUAGCAAGCCAAGGUUGGAAAAAUAUCGCGUUAAUCUAUACAACUGAUGCGCAAACAUUUCAUAGUGUUCAGAUGUUUCUGGCAUCGGCACAAAAACUAAACAUAACGAUUCUCGUAUCAACAUCGUUUGCUACAGGUACUACUAAUCUAACGACACAAAUGAAAGCUAUAAAACAAUCUCAAGUACGAAUUAUUCUAUUUAUUGGAACAAUUGUCGAUCAACAAGUAUUGAUAAAUAAUAGUUUGAUAGAGGGUCUCACUGGUCCUGGAUAUCAAUGGAUUGGUAUACAUGCAAGUAUGUAUAGAGCAUUAUAUUUGAAUUCGACGGGCGGAACAGUCCAGCACUAUUAUGAGUGGUCACAAGGAUUCAUCGGUUUACAAAACUUUGCCGAUGUAAAUUCAAAUGUUUAUAAGGAAUAUGCUAAACAAUGGUCUACAGCACCGUAUGACCCAGAAACACCGACAGUAGACUCGAAUUCAAUUUCUUUCAUUGCUAAUUUUGCCUAUGAUGCAUGCUUUAUGUUUGCCCAUGCUUUGCAUCGCAUGAUUGAGGUACUGCAUUUGGAUCCGAUACAAAUAGAGAACCGUGAAUUAUAUCGUGCAAUAUUGAAAAAUGUCACCUUUCUUGGUGUUAGUGGUUACGUAAGUGUUGAUCAGAAUGGAGAUCGUGUAGCUCCAUUUGAUAUUGUUAAUUUUCAACAUGAUCAAAUAGUUAAAAUUGGUUCAAUCACUAUUGAUGGUCAAAUGCAAAUUAUAACUGAUAUUAGAUUUAAUAAUAUAAUAUAUUCUCAAUAUGAUCAUUGGGUUCUUCUACUUUAUCAAAUAAAUAGACUAUCUAUCUUCAUACCAUUACUCAAUGCACAUUUAAUGACAUUUAUCAAUGUUUUUAAUGAUUUAAUUAGUAGUCAAAAUCAUAUUACAAUGAAUGAUAAUAAAAACUUUACACUUUUUUGUGGACGAUGA